AUGGUGGCGCAGGUGCUCCUCUUGUUCUUGGCACUCCUGGCCCAUGGUUGCAUGGCCCUUGCAGGCUUCUCAUUAACAGAGUUAUCAAAGCCCUGUAUCACGCAGAAGCCAGAGGCCCGUUGGAAACGUGAUGUUGAAGGCUUUACGGGCUAUGAGAAACCUGAGGAAUCUUGUAAUGGCGCACCACCCCCUCUGGCACAAUGCACUGCUGUUGCUGAAUGGAUUGUGUGCUUAGGGCUGGCUAUUUAUUGCAAUACCGGCGCAACAGUGCAGCUCUCCGGAUCAAUUUGGGGCUGCAAAUGGACUUCGGAUAAUACUUUCACACCCGCUACUUCAUGCCUCUCGAAUACAUUCCAAUACGUCAACUCGGCAGUUAUGUAUCCCUGCGCAACAUCCCAAUAUUGCAUCACGGAUCUCCUUUUUACAGACCCCAAUGACUUGAACCCUCGUACAGGAAUUGGUUGCGGCUACUAG